UUCCGUUGGAUGAAGCAGUCGGCGCCUGGGAGCGCGAUGACGCGUGAACGCGCAGCGCGAGCCCGCGUCCAACCGGUCCACUUUCGGCCAUCGAGGAUCAACAAGUCGUCCACCUGCGGGGGAGAAGGACUCAUGACGGCCCGCGGCCUCAGCUACAUGCGCACGGCGCUCAAGACCGGGCUUUGCAACCGCCUGCAGGCCAAGGCGUGUGCUUCGGCCUCUCGUCAACGGAAGUCCGCGUACACUACUCACCAGAUGAUUCCUCCACCGGCACAAUAUGGAGGCAGGCACACCGUCACGCUGAUUCCCGGAGACGGCAUCGGGCCUGAGCUGGUCAACCACGUGCAGGAGCUGUUUCGGUUCUGUUGUGUUCCCGUGGACUUUGAGGUUGUCAAUGUGGACUCGUCCGCGGCCUCGGAGGAUGACAUCAACAAUGCCAUUAUGGCAAUCAGGCGCAAUGGAGUUGCACUCAAAGGUAAUCUUGAGACCAACCACAAUUUACCCCCCUCCUACAAAUCCAGAAACAACCUGCUCCGAACCACUUUGGAUCUGUACGCCAACGUGAUGCACUGCAGGUCUCUGCCCGGCGUGCCGAGCCGACAUCACGACAUCGACAUCCUGAUCAUCAGAGAGAACACAGAGGGCGAGUACAGCAGCCUGGAACAUGAGAAUGUUCCAGGAGUGGUGGAAUGUCUGAAGAUCAUCACCAGGAGCAAAUCUUUACGCAUCGCCGACUACGCCUUCAGAACAGCUUGCGAGAAAGGUCGUAGACGAGUGACCGCCGUGCACAAGGCCAACAUCAUGAAGUUGGCCGACGGCCUCUUCCUGGAGUGCUGUCAGGAGGUUGCUCGCGGUUACCCGGAGAUCGCCUUUGACAGCAUGAUUGUGGACAACACCACCAUGCAGCUGGUUUCCAGGCCACAGCAGUUCGAUGUGAUGGUCAUGCCCAACCUGUACGGCAGCGUGGUGAGCAACAUAUGCGCCGGGCUGGUGGGCGGACCGGGCCUGGUGCCUGGAGCCAACUACGGUCGGGACUACGCUGUGUUUGAGACGGGCACCAGGAACACGGGCAGGAGCAUCGCCAACCGCAACACUGCCAACCCCACCGCCAUGCUUCUGGCUUCCUGUCUGCUGUUGGAUCACCUCAAGCUCCGCGCGUACGCCGCCAUGAUCCGCAGGGCCGUCCUGGGCACCGUCACCGACGCUCGGCUGCACACGCAGGACCUGGGUGGGCAAGGCUCCACGUCCGAAGUGGUCCACUUCAUCAUGAAGGCCAUUCAGAGCACCGGGCCGCUCACGGUGAGCGUCUAGAACGCCCGAAAACGAGCUUUGCUAGUUCAACGAAUUCAAGCUCACUGUUUUUGCUCGUGUCCAGCUGAGCCUUUCAUCAAACUCUUGCCUCUUGUUUUACAAAUUAGGGGUGUCAAAACCUAUUUUGGUUGCGGGUCACGUCGGAGUUCUGUUGAGGGGAAAACCAUAUAUAAAAGUAAAGUCACCUUAAAUGCACAAUCACAUUCGACUGCUAUAUAUAUUGAUGUUUUUAACAACACAUUAAAUUUGAGAGAUGUUCUGCCCAAAUGCAAAGAACAAACCCAUAUCGCAAGAAAGAAGUAAACACUCUCGAUCCACUUUAGCGGGCCACAUAGAGUGAUGCAGCGGGCCAGAUCUGGUCCCCGAGCUGCGGGUUUGAUACUGGUUUUAUGAUAGUAUUGUUUACUUCAGCAUUUAUUGUGAUCCAAAUAUUUGUAAAUGAAUACAUAAUAGUGUAUAUCAGCACUUUGUAAUAAAGCAGAUGAGUUUUGAAGAGAGGCACACGUGCUGCACUGGCAUGUGUCAACCACCAGGAGGCCACGUCGCUGCGAACUAGUUUUUCAAUGAUCUGAUGAAACUUGGAGAGAUUCCAUUGUUUAGAUUGAGUUCGGAAUAAAUCCAAAUGCAUCAUAA